CGGAUUGGCCGGAGCAUGGCGCGCAGCCAAUGCGGAUACCCGGGGACCCGAGGCUCCGCCCCCAGACACUCAGGCUCGGGGGUGACUCGACCCUCCGGCGAUCAGGGGAUGGACGCGGUGCGGAGAAGCGCGCGGGGCCGCGCGGAGAGCCCACCAGACAGGAAGGUCUAUAUGGACUACAACGCCACCACACCUCUGGAGCCUGCAGUCAUCCAGGCUGUGACAGAGGCCAUGAAGGAAGCCUGGGGCAACCCCAGCAGCUCCUAUGUGGCAGGUAGGAAGGCCAAGGACAUUAUAAAUGCAGCUCGGGAGAGCGUGGCCAAGAUGAUAGGCGGGAAGCCUCAGGACAUCAUCUUCACUUCCGGGGGCACCGAGUCCAAUAAUUUAGUAAUCCACUCUAUGGUGAGAUAUUUCCACAAACAGCAGACCCUGAAGGGGCAGAUGAUUGACCAAUACAUCCCUGAGGAGGGGGCCAGGCCUCAUUUUAUCACUUGCACAGUGGAACAUGACUCAAUCCGACUGCCCCUGGAGCAUCUCAUGGAAGAACAAAUAGCAGAGGUCACUUUUGUCCCAGUGUCGAAGGUGACCGGGCAGGCAGAGGUUGAGGAUGUCCUGUCAGCUGUCCGCCCCACCACAUGCCUUGUGACCAUCAUGCUGGCCAAUAACGAGACUGGUGUCAUCAUGGCAGCUCAUGUCAUUUAUUCUGUCCCCAUCCAAUCGGGGACAACCACCCACCCACUCCGCUGCUUGCCUCUCUUCCCACUUCAGCCUGUCCCUGAGAUCAGUCGACGAAUUAAGGCCUUGAACCAGAGCCGGGCUGCCUCGGGCCUGCCUCAAGUCUUGGUGCACACGGACGCGGCUCAGGCGCUGGGAAAGAGGCGAGUGGAUGUAGAGGACCUGGCUGUGGACUUCCUGACCAUCGUGGGCCACAAGUUCUACGGUCCCAGGAUUGGUGCUCUGUAUGUACGAGGGGUCGGUAAACUUACCCCCCUGUACCCCAUGCUGUUUGGAGGUGGACAAGAGCGGAAUUUCAGGCCAGGGACGGAGAACACACCCAUGAUUGCUGGCCUGGGGAAGGCUGCUGAGCUGGUGAGUGAAAACUGUGAGGCGUAUGAGGCCCACAUGAGGGACAUCCGAGAUUACCUGGAGGAGAGGCUGGAGGCUGAAUUUGGUAAGAGAAUACAUCUGAACAGCCGGUUUCCAGGGGUGGAGAGGCUUCCCAACACCUGCAACUUUUCCAUCCAGGGGUCCAAGCUUCAAGGGUACAUGGUGCUUGCACAGUGCCAGACACUGCUGGCCAGUGUGGGAGCUUCAUGCCACUCAGAUCAUGAAGACCGGUGAGUAUUCUUAGCUGCACUCAACUCUCAGGUAGAGGUGGUGGCGACUCAGGGCCGAGCCUCUGAGCUGCAGACUCACGCAGGGGAGAAGGGUUCUGCUCCUGGCUGCGAGCAGCAUGGGUGCCUGUGGAAGGGAGCGGAGCUGGGUGAAUGAACUUGGUUCUGGGACAGCAGCCAGCAAUCCAUACUGGAUCCAGAGCAGGUAGGAUGGUAUAUGAGCAUGCCAAGGGAGAUACAGAGGGUCCCUGUGCCAGCAGCAGAGGGGGACAAGGACCAGGCUCUAGGGGAAUCAGCACAUCACAGAAGAGAGAAAGGAUCUAUGGAGGGCAGGCAAUGCCUGGAGUCCAGCACCUGGUGGCCGAGGCUCCAUCAGGAACAGGGAGACUGAGGCCAGCUGGAGAGCAGGGGCAAGUGGGAGGUACAGACGGGAAGGGCACAAGGGUUGCCCCAGUGAAGCACUAGACACAUCGUUCAGGGAACAUUCUCCACGACCCCAAUACCAGGAAGCCCCAGGAGCCAAGGCUCAGUGCAGAGCUGAACAUGAUGGUGGGAGGAAGGUAUUACGCUUAGGAAGCAGUAUGCUUCCCCAUCUGGAGCACAAAUGGGAGGAUUUUAGGGGGACCUUACCUUUGAGUAGGCUUAGAGGACUGUUUGGGGACAGGAGGGCUCUAAGAGGUAAGUGUCAGCAGGCCAUGUGGAUAGGCACCGAGGGGACACAGCACACCCUAAGCUUGAGGAGCUGUCUGAGAGGUGGGAGCACAAAA